AAGUUAAGGAUGAGGCAUAUCAGGAGCUGUCAGAGCAAAGUGACCCGCACUUCAAGGAUCCGGUUCCCUUUUGUGUGUGCGGUUCUCUUCCCGCAUCUCAAGGCGGCGUAGGCUCUCGUGGACCAGCAUCGUCCACACGCAACAGACAAACAGUCGGAGCAAGACACCGAACUUGGGCUGGCGAUGAAUGGGAUUUCUGACCUUCUGACACGGACGCCAUUUGUACUCUAGGUUCCAUGGCUUUUCUGAGAAUUCCCAAGGAAUCGCACUACUCCUUGCCCCCAAAACAAAACUAGCCUUUUACUCGAAAAUGCAAGAAGCCCCGGAGAGCAACAGCAACGCUAGCACCAGCAGCGGGAGCUCUUCUUUCUCCAGCAACACUCCGGCCAGUAUCAAAGAGGAAGAUUGCAGCCCGGAGAAGGAGCGCCCCCCCGAGGCAGAGUACAUCAACUCGCGCUGCGUCUUGUUUACUUAUUUCCAAGGAGAUAUCAGUUCCGUGGUGGACGAGCAUUUCAGCAGGGCCCUGAGCCAGCCCAGCAGCUACUCGCCCGGUUGCGCCAGCAGCAAAACCCCAAGAAGUUCUGGGUCCUGGAGGGAUGGUUCCUUCCCGAUGAACCAGCGCAGUUUUCCCCCUUCUUUCUGGAACAGCACGUACCAGCCAGCAGUUACAGCUUCCUCACUGAGCAGUCCGUUGGCUGCAGCCCACAGCGACCUCCCCUUUGCCGCAACAGACCCCUACUCCCCAGCCUCUCUGCACAGCCACCUUCACCAAGGGGCUGCCGAACCCUGGCACCAUGCGCACCAUCAUCAUCAUCACCAUCAUCACCACCCGCACCCGCACCCUCACCAUCCUUACUCCCUGGGCGGGCCAAUCGGGGCCCAGGGCACCACCUUCCCCCGGCCUGCCUCCAUGCAUGAAGUCUAUGGUCCCCAUUUCGACCCUCGCUACAGCUCAUUGCUGAUGCCCCCGGCCUCAGUCAGACAGCACCGCCUCACACCAGCUUCAGUGCCCACACCAGUCAGCCCACCCUGCGAACUGGGCAAAAGCGAGUCAGCUGGCUCAGCAUGGACCACACCAGGGGGGCCCUUUCCUAGCCCCGCAGGAGAUAUGGGACAGAGCCUGGGCCUCAAUGUGGACUCAGACCAGCCCACCAGGCACAACAUCCAUGCCCCUCACUUCAGGAAUAAGAACAGAGGGAAAGCAAAGACAUCAAACUACUUGGUAUAUCAGGAAAAAAAUACAAGCAAACAUAUCCUUAAAGACUUUGUUAAAAAGAAAUUCCUUCUGUUCAAAGAACAUGUCCAAAGACCCUCAACUUGAUUUAACAAUUUUUUGGCUGAUUCACUAGAAAUAACUGUGGUCAGAUUUGGCACUUGGGUGAACAUUUUAUGUGGUGAUAUGAAAUCACAGGAGGUGGAAAAUAGACUUUUGUGGUGUGAACUAUUUUCUGUUCAUGUGGAUUCUUUUGUGUAGUGUGAGGGUAACACUACAGACUUCAAAUACAGAUUUUAAAAUGGAUUUGUAUUCUGCAUUGAAGAAGUAAAAAGGAAGUUUUCACUCCCUGCCACACCUUCAUUCCUGCCUGAAAUGUACUUCCCACUCCUCUGUCUCCAUCCCCAACAACAACAAAAACAAACAAAACCCCCCCAAAACACAGACUUUUUCUUUUAGACUAUGAACACUGGGCAACAUGGCUCAUCCUGACUAUGAAUGGCAAGUGGUUUAUCUGGGGCCACCUGCCCUCAGCUUACUAAAAUGCAGCUGUUAUAGAGACAACUGUUCAAACUCCAGAAAUACAACAACUGAGGUGGCACUUCGCAGCGAUUGGCACAACAAUUGUAUUGGAUAUAUCUAUUUUUUUUACAAGGAACAUUUUAUGAAACAUGAAACUCUUCUCCUCUUCUCUGCCCCUUGUGUCACAAAUUUGCCCCCAAGGGAAAACAUCCCAAAACACCAAACCUUGACAAAAUUUGUGGUGAACAACUGGGAAGCACCACAAGAAAGAGAAAUGUCCAGGGUGUGUAUCAUGGACAAUUAAUUUCAGCUUCUUCCAAUACUUCUUUGUACUAGCUGUGUUUUUUCUCUUUCUGUCACUUUAGAUGUUUUAAGGGGUGAGGUGACAAAACAGGAGUGGGGAUAGUAAGGAGGAUGAAACAUACAUUAAAGAUAUGUUUAUUAUAUA